CAAAAAAACCUGCUUGCACAUACUCAACCGCCAGCGUCUCCACUCUCCGGUCUCCCUCUCAUGGUGGAGCCCACCUCCGCCUUUGUGGAUCAGAGCGAGCAUUCCUUUCCCUUCCCUUCCCUGGCAUCAGAAUCAAACGUGUCCCCGCAGACGCUCCCAAUCCCAUGCGCCCCUCUGCUCUCACGGUUUGAUUUCCCUUUCAGUUGGGCCGCCAUGGCCGCGGUAGCAGCUGUGCGCCUGCACCCCGGCCUCCCCCAUCGCCGGCCCUGACACUGGGUAAACGUGGUGGCUGAAGCUGCUGCUGAGGAUUCGGGAUCUUCUUGCUGCCGCCACGAGCUGCCUGCGUGAUAUUGACACGGCGCGCUCCCCUGGCUCCUGGGCAUGACGAGGGGAGGCGGUGGACAAGGAGGCAAGGAGGAGCCGGGGAAGGUGAUGGGUCCGCUGUUCCCGCGGCUCCACGUCAGCGACGCAGGCAAGGGCGGCGGCCCGCGGGCUCCGCCAAGGAACAAGAUGGCGCUCUACGAGCAGUUCACCGUGCCGUCCAACCGCUUCAGCUCCCCCGCGGCCUCCGCCCGCGCCGCGGGGGCCAGCCUCGUGCCCUCCACGGCGGCUGCCCAGGUGAGCAGCUCGAUGUUUGCUUCUGCUUUUUUUUUUCCUGGUGUUAUCCAAGCUGCUAAUAUUAAGCUUUCCCUUUGUUGCUACUUGGCAAAAUGGCAAAUUCUUUUUUUUCUCAAAAAUUGAAAAUUAAUUCCUGGCAUGCAGCCUAACAACCUUUCUGUGAGCGCAUUUGCCUGCCUUUGUUGCUACUUGGCAAAAUGGCAAUUUUUUUUCUCAAAAAUUGAAAAUUAAUUCCUGGCAUGCAGCCUAACAACCUUUCUGUGAGCGCAUUUGCCUGCCUGCAAACCCACAACGUAUAUGUUGUCAUAGCGCACGAGCAUCGGAGCAUGUGAUCUUUAUGUCCACAAUUAAUUCCUUUAGGGUGCCAUCUGCGACCAAGCUUUUGGAUUGAGAGCGCUCACUCGUGCGUAGGUUCCACAGCUCAGCGUUCUAGCUAUUUUGCUAAUUGUGUUGCGUGUGACAAAACUUGGUAGGAAGUUUCUAGUACAUAAGUAGAAACUAGAAAGGAGCACAAGCUAAGAGGAGAUGAUCAAGAAUCGGUUCGAAGAAGCUAGAGGCCCAGUGCAUGACAAUUGACACAUUUAUUUGCAGGUUCAUUUGUUAUGAUCUUCAGCGUGUAUGUUGUAAAGACGAGCAACUAUCCAAUGCUCUGCGAGUUUGUAGGAUAGGAAAACUAUUCUAGAAUACAAACGUGUGAGGAUCACCCACAGGAAAUCAAUUACUCUGCAAAAUGGAGGUAGGUAUACCGUAUGCAAAAGCAGAAUAAAUGGCCGGGGCCUGGGGCACAAACAAAAGGAAACUGUGGUUGCUUGAUGUCUUAACACUUGUCAGUAUCCCUGCUCUCCCCCUUCUGGGGGCCAAGCACCGAGCAAUGUGUUCAUUAGGUACUCUAAUAUUUGGUUCCCCAUUCCAGGAUCAAAUUCUUGGUUUGAGGAAUUAAGAAUUGAUAUGUGCGCCCCUGUCACCAUGUUAUUUGCCGCUCUGUUAAUCCUCAUUGCAAUUUGGGCAAGUUGUGUGUAGCUGCAUACUUGCGCUUACCUUUAAGGUGGUGUGAUUUUAGGAGUUAGACUACUGGUACUGGGACCAUGAGAGGUAACAUAACAAAUGAAAAUAACAGUGACGCAGACCACUUCAGAUAAACAAGUGAUUCAAUUGGGUGUUUAGGGAAAGAAACCAAAUCUGACAGGUAUCUGUACUGAAAUUUCCUAGUUUUGCUGGUGGUAUCCAAGUUUGUAAUAUGCUUUGCACGACUUCCUCAGUGAUCUUCUGUCUGUGGCUGAAAUGUUGACCCUCCCUCUUAUAGUUGUGUUACAGUUUAGGCUCCAAAUUUUGCUGCUUGGAAAGUACUCCUUAUAUGAAGCUUAAGUACCUUUUUGUAAGCACACAUGCUCUAUUUUAAAAACCACAGUGAUCUGUGUGUCCAGUGUCCACAAGGGAAUACCAUCUCCCUAGGGGUUUGUUUUAAGUUAUGUUCUUAUGGCUAUCCUAAUUUAAUUAGUGGAAUUUGCAGCGAAGCUCUUGGACUGAGGCCCUCACUUAGGUUCUGUUUCAGGCCGCCUUUGGAAUGCAGGAAUUUCAUAGGAAUCAUACAAGAAUUUCACAGGAAUCAGUUCAUUUUCACAGAAAAAACACAGGAAACAGGAAAAAAUCCCGCAUUCCAAAGUGGGGCUCAACCAUCUUGCUAUUAUAACCAUUUGUGAUGUUGUUUGGGACUAAACAUAAUGUGUGUGUGUGUGGGGGGGGGGGGGGGUUGCCUGCUGAGAGUUUACUUUGUAGUACAUAUGGAAAGGUUCAUAAGCAAAAAUAAAAGGAAAUGAUUAACAAUAAGUGGGAAAGGCUAAAAUUUAUUUGCAGGUUCAUUUGUUAUGACCUUUAUAUGUAUCCUGGCUGUAAUGAUAUGCUUGGGGGGGGGAGGUCCAGAGGACAACCAUGUAACAAUAACCAGCAAGAAAUCAGUUACUUUGCAAAUACGGUGAUAGAAAGGUAGCUACUUGAGAAGAAAUCCAGGGGCUGCCCGCACUCAUGAUUCUCUGUCCUUAUUCUCUCACCAUUUUGCGGGGUAAAGCAGUGAGCAAAGAAAGAAUUGAGAUUUUGACCCUUAGGUUUAUGGUUAUGACAGGACGCUGUUCCAGCCCUUCGACGUGCCUUCAAAUGAGCCUCCUCGUUCAUCUGAAAAGUUCAAAGGAAACACUAUCAACGGGCAGUCUAAUAGUACAAGAAGAGAACCUUUGAGGAUGUCCUCACAGACCAAGAACAAGGACGUCUGUGCUUCAAAAUCAAUUGCCAAGUGCACCUCACAGCAUAGAGUGGGCAACACCAUCAUGUCUUCUGGAAAGAAAGUGGUCAGUGAUGAUGAAUUUAUGGUUCCUUCCAUCUGUUAUCCUAGAUUUUAUCGACAGUCUACUCAAGAUCAUGCAGAUAAAUCAAAACCCCAAUCUACUACAAACCCACACAAAAGUCCUGCAAUGUCCAAAUCAUCUGUAGAGUGCUAUAGUACUGUGAACAAGCACUUGGACAAAAUCAAUGAAGCUGAUAGGAGGUUAAUGAACUCUCCAAAGGUUAAGGAGAAAGAAGCAGUGCAAGGAUCAAAAGCUGUGGAAGUUAAAGAAAAGAGUUCAUCAUUUCAGGCAUCAGAAAAGUUCAAAGACAAAUAUGCUAAGCUAUGUCAAAUGAGGAAUAAGGCAAGUAAUAUAAAUCAUUGUGACAACAACGGUUGCCAACCUGCAAGCGUGAAUGGAAAUUUCACAGAAGCAAAGAACCCUACAGCAGCUAGAAAUACAUCUUCCUGUAAACCAUGUACUGAUGUAGAUAGCUCUAACAGGAAGUCUAAUUUACUGGAAAGAAGCCCACGGGAAGUUGGUGCUAAGAGAAAAAGAGGACAUCACAAUGGAGAGCAAAAUGAUGAUUUAUCUGACUCCUCAGUGGAAUGCAUACCUGGGGGGGAGAUCUCUCCAGAUGAAAUUGUUGCUGCUAUUGGUCCAAAGCAUUUCUGGAAAGCAAGAAGAGCUAUUCAGAAUCAGCAGAGGGUUUUUGCUGUCCAAGUGUUCGAGCUGCAUAAGCUGAUAAAAGUGCAGAAAUUAAUCGCGGCAUCUCCACAUCUGCUUAUUGAAGGUGAUCCUGUCCUUGGCAAUGCAUUAACAGGAAAAAGGAACAAACUUCCUAAAGGAAAUUCGAAAGUUCAGACCCUGUCAAUCACAAACAAAGAUGAUAUCCAGCCAACCCUAGAGCAACCAGAGUUAUCAAAACAAGACACAGAAGGAAACUUAUUGGCCCAUUCUCAUGAUGAUGGACUUGGUGACAACCAUCAUAAUCAAGCUGCAACAAAUGAAACCUUUACAAGCAACCCUCCAGCUAUGCAUGUUGCUCCUGACAACAAACAGAAUAACUGGUGCAUGAAUCCACCGCAGAAUCAAUGGCUUGUCCCAGUUAUGUCGCCUUCUGAAGGUCUUGUCUAUAAGCCUUUUGCCGGCCCUUGUCCCCCAGUUGGAAAUCUGCUGACACCAUUUUACGCCAACUGUGCUCCGUCAAGGCUGCCUUCUACACCAUAUGGCGUUCCUAUUCCUCACCAGCCACAGCACAUGGUCCCUCCUGGUGCCCCUGCCAUGCAUAUGAACUACUUCCCGCCUUUCAGUAUGCCAGUGAUGAAUCCAGGAACACCAGCAUCUGCAGUGGAGCAAGGGAGCCAUGCUGCUGCGCCACAGCCUCAUGGGCACAUGGACCAGCAGUCGCUGAUCUCAUGUAACAUGUCACACCCGAGUGGCGUUUGGAGGUUUCUUGCAUCAAGGGACAGCGAGCCACAGGCCAGCAGCGCCACCAGCCCUUUCGACAGGCUCCAAGUCCAAGGUGAUGGAAGUGCUCCGUUGUCAUUCUUUCCCACGGCUUCAGCUCCGAAUGUCCAGCCUCCGCCCUCAUCUGGAGGCCGGGACCGGGACCAGCAGAACCAUGUAAUCAGGGUUGUUCCGCGUAACGCACAGACUGCUUCAGUCCCGAAAGCCCAACCUCAGCCGUCAUCCGGAGGCCGGGACCAAAAGAACCAUGUAAUCAGGGUUGUUCCGCAUAACGCGCAGACUGCUUCGGAGUCAGCAGCGUGGAUCUUCCGGUCAAUACAAAUGGAGAGGAACCAAAAUGAUUCGUAGCUGGUUACCAUAUACUUUCGUGUCAUCCGAUGGCAGCUUAGUGCAGCAUUGCAGUUUACAGGGCUACCCGAGCUGCAGAUUAUGGUGGCUCCUGUAUUCUGACCACUGAUUGCGCUUUACCCGAUCGUCAUAGAUAUUGGAUGAUAUGAUCUUGUGUUCUAUGCAGAGUUGUAAGCCAAAGUUGUGCCCCUGAAGACUGAAGUGACAGCCCUGAAGUUGGGAGUCCUUCCUGAUUGUGCUAUGACUGGAAUUGGUAUAUAUAUAGGUUACUUGAACGGUUUCACUGUGUUGAGCUCACCACACGGCCGCGCUUCUGUAACAUACAAUACAAUAGACUAUGAGUGGUACAGUAGGAAGCAGCAGUCAGAAAAUGACUGCUGGUACCAUGCUACGGGGUCGCUAUAGAUUGAUGUGUACCGGUACUCUGGUUCUGGUAGUAUAUGCUGCUGUAUAAUUCAGUGUUUAAUUAUCUAUAUAUUGUACAUUAGCUGUCAAGCCUGUAAGGCAUUGUAUUGUGGGCAAUGAAUUUGGUUGCAAAUGUUCGUGUACUGGGAACCAUCUUUUGAUUGUUUGUGUUUUUGAACA